AUGACGAAAGCCACCAAUACGAUCAGCAUCAUCGCCUUGCUUGUAGCGGCAUCCGCAAGCCUUGUAGAAGGAGGCUUUUUGGGUCACUUUAAGUUUUUGCACACGCACGAAGACGAACCAGAUCAUACCGCCACCGAAGAACAAACACCAUUGGAAGCAGUGGGAGCGGUUCUCACGGUAGCCCAGCUAGACACGGGCCGAAGAGGAUUUGCGUGCCUUCAAUAUGCCGCCAAUGUGGAAAAUGAUCCGUUUGAAAGUUUAGGGAUGAUGCUUCGACCCAUCACUCGCGUGUUGCUGAAUUACUACGGGGAGUAUGGAAUUGACAAGUUGUGUUCCAUGACACACCACGGAAGGGCUCUGCUCCAAGAAGCAGGUAAAGAGAUUCCCGAAUGGCACGGUAUCCUGGAGCAGAAACUUGAUAAUAAGAUUCCAGAUCAUGGCAGUUCUCAGCAGAAGCGCGAAAUGACAACCUGCGACGUCAACAGUGCCACAUACCCCGCCGAUCCCGCAGUCGAUACCACUGGAAUCUAUGCCGACUAUGCUUCCAAGUACCUAGAUCACUACCUGCCCGAUGGAGAUCGUAAUCAACGUUCCGAUAAUGCCUAUGUGGCAGAGAAGGUAAACAAUGAUCUCAACUACUUUCGAGGCGUUCGAGUUGGCUUGAACAGCUGUGUGACAAUUUGGACUGGCGUCAAUCAGCUCAUUGCUUUGGCGGAUGUCCCAUUUAUCGAUCAAGACAAGAUCAGCGAGUCCAUCAUGUCCUUUUCCUGUGGUCUCCCAAACAGGUACAAUGAUAUUGUCAUUAGUCGCAACGAACGCAAUUUGGAACGCAUUUCCUUUCACGAUCAUGUCGUUGAUGGCACUGAAGUUGGAGCUAUCUAUCUCAAUUCGCAUACCAUGAUGAACAAUCUAUGUGCUUUGCAAACUGCCAUGGAGAGUGCAUCCGAAGAAGUCGAAGAUAUCCACGCAAACUUGACGACGCGAGUUUGA